CAGGCCGCGAAGUAACAACCGUUCUUGUGUUUUGCGCGUUAUUGUACGUGGAAAUGGCUGAAAACGACGAAGAUGCGGCUGCAGAUCAGUCAGAUUUGCGUAUGACGUUCUUGUCCGAUUAUGUGCUCAAAACGUUGAAGCAAAAGUCCGACCGUUGGGCUAAGAUGAUUUCAGUGGAUGAGUCGCGGCAGUUCAUCACGGACUUUCUAGAUAAACCAGAAUCAUUGAUUCUAGUUUUCUAUCAGAACCAAACGGGCCAGCUGACGCCGAGCAACGACUUCCCGCCAAGCAGCAAGACGAAAUCUGUCUAUUUCAUCAAGAAAGAGCGAUCAUCCAUCAGCAGUCAGAACAUAAAAAGCAUUUUGACUUUUGGAGAUCUUUCAUAUAUUCCUUUGGAGCAGUUGUCUUCCCUCGUGGACGACGUUUUACUCCCGCUGCUAGGUAACAACAAUAAUCACGGGGACUGGCCUUCAGUAGUAGCGCAAGAUGUCAUGAGACACGUGCAGGAGCUGAAAAACAGUGUUUACGUUGUGGCGGGGCAAGUGAAAGGGAAAACUCUACUCCCACUGCCUCCUCAAACGGGACACGUAACUGAAGCAGCGGAGAGAGAGCAGAGAGGCGAACCCUUUGAUAAGAGUGUGAUUCAUGCCAUUGAAACGGUGGUGAUUGAAUGGACUCAUCAAAUCAGAGACGUGUUGGUGAAGGAUUCUUCUCAACCACUCUUGGAAGGUCUUAAUCCAUCACCGUUUGUUGAGCUGGACUUUUGGGAUGCACGAUACUCUAAUUUGGAGUGUAUUUUCGGUCAGCUCCAAGACACAAGAGUACGAAAAAUGGCUGAACUGCUGGAGAGGACACAAAGCAGCUAUUUCCCUGCUUUCAAGCAAAUGUUUAUUGAUGUGAGAGCUGCUCUUGCUGAAGCUGAAGACAUCACAUUGCACUUGAAGCCUCUUCGUCGUCAAUUAGAAAACUUGGAAGAGGGUGACUUUUUGGAUGCUGCCCAGGCAUUAGCACCACUGAUGAACACAGUUUGUCUUGUGUGGACAAACUCAAAGUUCUAUUGUCAACCACCUAGAAUUAUCAUUUUGCUUCAAGAGAUAGGCAACCUACUCAUUGAAUUGGCUAGGAACUAUGUUGGCCCAGAAGAAAUCUUUCGAAUUGAGGCUGAUGAAGCAAAGGAGAAAGUGAGUGAGGCAUUGAAGACAUGUCGCCUCUUUCGUAAACUUUACGACAACCGCAAGAACCAUCUAACUGAUUACUACAAAGAUCGGUCGGAUGCUGAAGUACGGCUAUGGGACUUCGAUCCAUCACUAGUGUUUGCUCGCUACACAACAUUCCUUGGCAGACUGGCAACCAUGGAAGAGCUUUUCGAUACCAUUCUAGAGUUUAGUAAAUUGGAAAAGAUUGAUUUUACGGGAAUCAAAGGAAGUGGUUUGUGUACCAUGGUACAACAGCUCUUUGGAGAGUUUCAAGAACAUGUUGCUGUGUUUACACAGAGGUCAUAUGAUCCUUUGGACCCACAGAAUGGGGAAUUUGUGACUGACUACAAGCAGUUCUGUGAGAGCAUGUUUGAUCUUGAUAGUCGAUUGGCUGCGAUAGCUAGUCAGGCUUUUGAUGACUGUUCUGGACCUUAUGCUGUGUUCAAGCUUAUAGAUACAUUUGGGUCUCUCAUGGAACGGCCACUGAUUCAUGAUCAGUUUGUUCAGAAGAUGCCGGCUUUGAUAGCUGCUGUUGACAAACACUUAGAUCAUUGCAAAGCUUUGUAUGACAAGCAAAUGAAGCUAUUGUCAGGUGAAAAUGAAGACAUGGUGCCAAUGAGAAACAGGAAUAUGCCAGUUGUGGGCGGCACUUUGUCUUGGUCACAGGAGUUGAGAGAUCUGGCCGCACAGCCAAUCAAUAGACUCAAAGGGAUGAACCAUGGCACAAUGGAGGGAGCAGAGGCUAUGACAUUGUUUAGUAAAUUUGAUGAAAUGACACAGUUGCUUGUCCAACAUGACCAGAAGGUUUAUGAAGAGUGGGCUAGGGGUGUUGAUGAUGUCUCCAAAAUGAAUCUGGAACAUCCUCUUCUCUUGAGAAUGCCAGACACCAAAAUCCUUAGUGUCAAUUUUGACCCCCAGCUUGUCUCUACUCUGAGAGAGGUCAAGUAUCUGGAAAUGCGUGAUGAUUCAUCUAGUAAUGCAAUACCAAAAGAAGCAGCCUCUAUGUUUGCACGCAAUGAAAUGUAUCGCAAGUAUCUGUCAAAUUUGGAUCUGACUGUUGCUUGGUAUAACAAAAUUAGAGAAAGUGUUCUUGAUGUUGAGCUGCCACUGAUUGCUGAUCAGCUGCAUGAGAUUGAUCAACAACUGGAGCAAGCACUAACGUCACUUACAUGGGCGAGUGAUGGCGUGUGGGAAUACAUUGAAGUAACACGAGACAAAGUUCAUGAUCUUGAAACUCGACUGCAAUCUGCUAAAAACAAUGUAGAGUCAAUGUUACAACAGAUGGCACAAUGGGCAGAGGCACCACUGUUUGAUCGUAAGGAUGGAAAGAAAGAUACUUUGUUGGGUCUUGAUGAUCGAGAGGCAAGACUAGCAACUCGCUAUAAAGAAUUCAAGACGGCGGGAGAAAAAAUUCAUCAGUUGGUGUUUGAUAACUUGCAGUUAUUCAAGGCAGAUGAAACAACAGCAAUUUGGAAGAACUAUGUGGAAUAUCUGGAUGACUUAGUGCUUGAUGGGUUUUUUACUGCAAUUCAUUGUUCGCUGUCUUUCUUCUUGGAAAACACCGAUGUCUCAAAGGGAUCAUUGGUAGCUCCUCUGUUGGAAGCAAAACUGGAGCUUCAAGUUCCAGAUCUGGUCUUCUCACCUUCACUUGAAUAUGGAACUCAAGAUGGAUUUUAUGAACUUGUUGAAAGUCUUGUCCAGGAUGUUUUUCAUAUAGCAUCACUUGUACCAAGGGUAGCCAAGCACAGUGGCAUGGAGCAUUAUCAGGCAGAUGUUGAAGAUAUGUUGGAACUGAGCGAGAUGAAAGGUGACCUCAUGGAUCGAUGCCAGAAUGUGAUUAACAAGGCACUGGAGUUUCGUAACUCUUUUGACUCAUACUCAUAUUUAUGGGUUGAUGACAGGAAAGAGUUCUUGGAACAGUUUCUUCUUUAUAAUCAUGUUCUUACAGCUGAAGAAAUGGAACAGUGUGGGGAGGAGGGAGUGCCUACAAAUCCACCUACACUACAGCAAUUCAAGGAACAAAUCGACACGUAUGAGAAAAUCUAUGUUGAGGUAAGCGAGAUGGAACAAAUGAGUUUUUUUGACCAGUGGUUCCGAGUGGAUGCAAGGCCCUUCAAACAGGGUUUACUAAAUAUUGUCAAACGGUGGUCACUGAUGUUUAAGCAACAUCUUAUUGAGCAUGUAACACAAAGUUUGAAUGACCUAGCUGCAUUUGUCAAGACAACUGGCAAAGGUUUAUCAAAGCAAGUGAAAGAACGAGACUAUGAAGGGCUAGUUGAAUGCAUUGGACAUCUAAUGGCUGUACGUGAUAGGGCUGCAAAGACUGACAACAUGUUUGAGCCCUUGAAAGAGGAAAUUGACUUGUUGAAGACAUAUGAUCAAGAAAUGUCAGAGGAAGUGCAUACAUUGUUGCAGGAACUCCCAGAACAGUGGAAUAACUUGAAGAAGGUUGCCACAACUAUCAAACAAACUGUCGCUCCUUUGCAAGCAACUGAGGUGGCUGUCAUACGACGCAAGUGCACAGGAUUUGAUCUCAAGCAACACGACUUCAGAGAGAGGUUCCGUAAAGUAGCUCCACUGACAUACAACUCAACAGAUGUGUAUGCUCGACUAGACAAACUGAACAUAGAAGUGCUAGAAAUGGAGCAAGAGUGUGAGCAGCUGCAAGAGUCAUCUACUUUGUUUGAAGUUAAUACACCUGACUACAAGCAGCUAAAGGCUUGUCGCCGCGAGGUUAUUAUGCUAAAGCAGCUGUGGGAUACAGUUGAUUUGGUAUGCAGCUGCAUUGAUGACUGGAAGACAACUUUGUGGCAAGACAUUAAUGUUGAGACCAUGGACAUAGAAUUAAAGAAGUUCAUGAAGGACAUUCGCACACUUGACAAAGAAAUGCGUGCUUGGGAUGCUUUCACUGGAAUAGAUUCAACAGUCAAAAAUAUGGUGACUGCACUUCGAGUUGUAGGUGAACUACAAAACCCUGCAAUUAGAGAUAGGCACUGGCAACAGCUAAUGCAAGCAACCAAGGUGCAUUUCAUCAUGUCUGAUCGAACAAACUUGGCUGACCUUCUCUCGCUGAAUCUUCAUAACUUUGAAGAUGAAGUGAGGAACAUUGUAGACAAAGCAGCAAAAGAGCUCAAUAUGGAGAAGGUACUGAAAGAAUUGGAUGCCACAUGGUCAACCAUGGAGUUUGAACAUGAGGAACAUGCUCGUACAGGGCUACUGAUGCUGAAGUCAAGUGAAGAACUCAUUGAAACAUUAGAAGACAACCAAGUGCAGCUGCAAAACAUGAUAACGUCUAAAUACAUUGCCUUUUUUCUUGAAGAUGUGUCUGGAUGGCAGAAGAAGUUAUCUACAGCUGAUUCUGUCAUCAACAUUUGGUUUGAGGUCCAACGGACGUGGUCUCAUCUGGAAAGCAUCUUUAUAGGGUCGGCUGAUAUUCGGAAUCAAUUGCCAACUGAUUCCAAGCGCUUUGAUGGCAUUGAUGAAGAUUUCAAAAUUUUAAUGGCUGAUGCUGCAAGUACUCCUAAUGUGGUUGAUGCAACAAACAAGCCAAAGCUUUUUGAGAAACUGGAAGACAUACAGAGUCGACUAGCUAUAUGUGAGAAGGCCCUGGCUGAAUAUCUGGAGACAAAGCGCCUUGCAUUUCCUCGAUUCUAUUUUGUGUCUCCUGCUGACUUGUUAGAUAUUCUGUCGAAAGGCAACCAACCGAAAGAGGUAGCUCGGCAUCUUUCCAAACUAUUUGACAACAUGGCAAAACUUAAAUUUCAAGAUGAAGAAGAACCAGGCAAGGAAACAAAGGUUGCAGUAGCCAUGUACAGUAAAGAAGGUGAAUAUGUUCCAUUUGAUGCUUCAUGUGACUGUGUUGGUCAAGUGGAAGUUUGGCUUAAUCGCCUAAUGGAUACCAUGCGUUCUACUGUUCGACAAGAGCUCUCUGACGGUGUUGUGUCAUAUGAGGAGAAGCCUCGUCACCAUUGGUUAUUUGACUAUCCAGCUCAAGUUGCUCUUUCUACAACACAAAUCUGGUGGACAACAGAAGUAAAUAUUGCCUUCAGUCGACUGGAAGAAGGAUAUGAAAAUGCACUAAAGGACUACAAUAAGAAACAAGUCACUCAACUUACUGAUUUAAUUGGCAUGCUUCUUGGUGACCUGUCAAAAGGAGAUCGUCAAAAAAUUAUGACGAUCUGUACUAUUGAUGUGCAUGCUCGUGAUGUUGUGAGUAAGAUGAUCCAGCAGAAGGUAGAAAACUCACAGGCAUUUCUUUGGCUCAGUCAGUUGAGGCAUCGGUGGGAUGAUGCUCAGAAGCAUUGCUUUGCUAAUAUUUGUGAUGCUCAGUUUAAAUACUCAUAUGAGUAUUUGGGUAAUACAGCUCGUCUUGUCAUUACACCACUCACAGAUCGUUGCUACAUCACGUUAACACAGUCUUUGCAUUUGACAAUGAGUGGAGCUCCAGCAGGACCAGCAGGAACAGGAAAAACAGAAACUACAAAGGAUUUGGGUCGUGCACUUGGCAUUAUGGUGUACGUAUUCAACUGCUCAGAGCAAAUGGAUUACAAAUCUAUUGGUAACAUUUACAAGGGUCUUGCACAAACAGGAGCUUGGGGAUGUUUUGAUGAAUUUAACAGAAUCUCUAUUGAAGUGUUGUCUGUUGUAGCUGUGCAAGUAAAGACAAUUCAGGAUGCCAUUCGGGACAAAAAGCAGAAAUUUUUGUUCCUUGGUGAAGAAAUUCGUCUUACACCAACUGUUGGGCUUUUUAUUACAAUGAAUCCAGGAUAUGCUGGUCGUACAGAGUUACCCGAAAACUUGAAAGCUCUAUUUCGUCCCUGUGCCAUGGUAGUACCUGAUUUUGAACUCAUUUGUGAAAUCAUGUUGGUUGCUGAAGGUUUUAUUGAUGCUCGUCUUCUUGCUCGUAAAUUUAUCACUCUCUAUACACUUUGUCGGGAGUUGCUGUCAAAGCAAGAUCACUAUGAUUGGGGCUUACGAGCCAUCAAGUCAGUACUGGUUGUAGCUGGUGCUCUAAAGCGUGGUGAUCGUGGCCGACCAGAGGAUCAGGUACUGAUGCGAGCUUUACGUGAUUUUAACUUGCCAAAGAUUGUUUCUGAUGAUGUGCCUAUUUUUAUGGGUCUUAUUGGUGACCUUUUUCCAGCUUUGAAUGUUCCAAGGAAGCGAGAUGAGGAAUUGGAGGUAUUAGUCAAGAAAUCUGCCCAGGAGUUAACAUUACAACCAGAAGACAACUUUGUUUUGAAGGUUGUGCAACUGGAAGAACUUCUAGCUGUUCGUCAUUCUGUAUUUGUGCUGGGAGGUGCUGGAUCAGGUAAAACUCAGGUAAUUAAGACACUGAACAAGACUUACCAGAACAGAAAGUGGCGGCCACACCUGUGUGAUAUGAAUCCCAAGGCUGUUUCCCCGGCUGAGUUGUUUGGCUGUAUCAAUCCUGCGACACGAGAAUGGAAAGAUGGCCUCUUGUCUACAACUAUGCGUGAUCUUUCCGGUAUUGCCAAUGACAGCCCCAAAUGGAUUGUUUUAGAUGGAGACAUUGACCCAAUGUGGAUUGAGUCACUUAACACAGUCAUGGAUGACAACAAGGUGCUUACUUUGGCCAGCAAUGAACGGAUUCCACUUACCCCAUCUAUGCGUCUGGUUUUUGAAAUUGGCCACUUGAAAUAUGCUACCCCAGCCACAGUUUCAAGAGCUGGCAUACUCUUCAUCAAUGCUAAUGAUGUUGGCUGGAACCCAUUUGUGACCAGUUGGAUUGACAAACGUGAAGCUCAAGCUGAGAAAGCAAAUCUAAUUAUUCUCUUUGAGAAGUAUGUACCCACAUGCUUAGAUACACUUCGCACUCGGUUCAAGAAGAUUACACCUGUGACUGACUUUAGCAUGGUUCAGACUCUUUGUUACUUGCUUGAGUGUUUUCUCACGCCACAGAAUACUCCUCAAGAUUGCCCAAAAGAGUGGUUUGAACUCUACUUUGUCUUUGCUGCUGUAUGGGCAUUUGGCGGCUCAAUGUUUCAGGACCAAUUGGUUGAUUACCGGGUUGAAUUCACUAAGUGGUGGGUAACUGAAUUCAAAACAGUAAAAUUCCCAUCGCAGGGCACUGUCUUUGAUUACUUUCUUGAUAACGAAACAAAGAAAUUUCUUAGCUGGCAAGACAAAGUGCCAAAGUUUGAGUUUGAUCCAGACAUGCCACUUCAGGCUUCUCUGGUGCAUACUUCAGAAACGACUCGCUAUCGGUUCUUUAUGGACCUGUUGAUGGGCAAUAUGAGACCAGUCAUGCUGGUUGGUAAUGCUGGCUCGGGAAAGACUGUACUGGUACAGGACAAAUUGUCUGGCCUUGAUGAGGAUUUCCUAGUGUCAACUAUCCCAUUUAAUCACUACACUACAGCUGCUAUGCUGCAAGCUGUUAUGGAGAAGCCACUGGAAAAGAAAGCUGGUCGCAACUAUGGUCCUCCUGGUACCAAGAAGCUGAUAUACUUUAUUGAUGAUAUGAACAUGCCAGAAGUGGAUACUUAUGGUACUGUAUCUCCCCACACACUGAUUCGGCAGCACUUGGAUUAUCAUCAUUGGUAUGAUAGACAGAAGUUGCAGCUUAAAGAAAUCCGUAAUGUCCAAUAUGUAGCCUGUAUGAACCCCACUGCAGGCAGCUUCACCAUCAAUCCACGCCUUCAGCGUCAUUUCAGUGUUUUUGCUGUUAGUUUUCCUGGCACAGAUGCAUUAAGAACUAUUUACCAAACAAUACUUACUGGUCAUUUCAAGACAAUUGGUGUUUCAAAAACUGUUACCAAAAUCAUCGAGAAAGUGGUUGAUACAGCUUUGCAACUUCAUUCAAAAAUUGCAAGCACAUUUCUACCUACUGCCAUUAAAUUCCACUACAUUUUCAACUUAAGAGAUCUGUCCAACAUAUUCCAAGGCCUGCUGUUCAGCUCUGGAGAUACUCUCAAGGCACCCAUUGAUGUUGUGAGACUUUGGCUACACGAAUCUUGUAGGGUGUACAGAGACAAGCUAGUUGAUACCAAGGACAUGGAGGCAUUUGACAAACUUCAGCUGGAAGUGGUUAAGAAAGGAUUUGAAGACAUAGAUGAAGAGAAUCUUAAAUUAGAUCCAUUGAUUGUAUGCCACUUUGCUCAGGGUAUAGGCGAACCAAAAUAUUCGCUUGUUGGUGGAUGGGAACCACUGAAAAAGCUGUUAGAGGAAGCUUUGGACAACUACAAUGAAGUUAAUGCUGUCAUGAAUUUGGAAUUGUUUGAAGAUGCCAUGACUCAUGUUUGCCGUAUCAAUCGUAUCUUGGAGUCCCCACGAGGUAAUGCUCUCCUUGUAGGUGUUGGUGGCUCUGGGAAGCAAUCUCUUACUAGACUAGCUGCUUUUGUUAGCAGCCUGGAAGUGUUCCAAAUCACUCUUAGAAAAGGUUACUCGUCAGCUGAUCUAAAGACUGACUUGGCCCAGCUUUAUAUAAAAUCUGGAUUAAAAAACAUUGGAACAGUCUUUCUCUUGACUGAUGCACAAGUUCCAGAUGAGAAGUUUCUUGUACUUAUAAAUGAUCUACUUGCUUCUGGUGAAAUUCCUGAUUUGUUUGUUGAUGAUGAACUGGAGAGCGUGAUAGCUGGUGUGCGCAAUGAGGUAAAAGGAUUAGGUCUACAGGACACCCGUGAGAACUGUUGGAAAUUCUUCAUUGAUCGAGUGAGGCGGCAACUAAAGGUUGUGCUCUGCUUCUCACCUGUUGGUUCCACCCUUCGAGUUAGGGGAAGGAAAUUUCCAGCAGUUGUCAAUUGUACUUGUAUUGAUUGGUUCCAUGAGUGGCCAGAAGAGGCUCUUCAGUCUGUCAGUUAUCGAUUUCUAAGUGAAGAUGAGCUGAUACCAGCUGAUCUCCGUCAACCAAUUAGUCAGUUCAUGGCUUUUGCUCAUACUAGUGUUAAUGAGGCAAGUAAGAUGUACUUGGCAAAUGAGCGUCGAUACAACUACACAACUCCAAAGAGUUUCUUAGAACAGAUCAAAUUGUAUCAGACUUUACUGAAGAAACAAGCAGUGGAACUGCAGCAAAAGAUGGACAGGUUAGACAAUGGUUUGCAGAAACUGCAGAGCACUGCAUCACAGGUAGAUGAUCUGAAAGCUAAAUUAGCCACACAAGAAGUAGAAUUGACACAGAAAAAUGAAGAUGCUGAUAAGCUUAUUCAGGUUGUCGGAGUUGAGACUGAGAAAGUAAGUAAGGAAAAGAAAAUAGCAGAUGACGAGGAAGAGAAGGUGGCUGCUAUUAACAAAGUAGUAUCUGAAAAGCAGAAGUCCUGUGAAACAGAUCUAGCAAAGGCUGAGCCAGCUUUAAAAGCAGCAGAAGAGGCUCUAAACACACUGAACAAGAACAAUCUAACUGAGCUGAAAUCUUUUGGUCAACCUCCUCCUGCAGUGGUCAAUGUUGCUGCUGCUGUGAUGAUGUUGAUGGCACCUGCAAGUAAGAUUCCAAAAGAUAGGAGUUGGAAGGCAGCUAAGCUGAUGAUGGCUAAAGUUGAUGCAUUCUUGGACGCUCUCAUCAACUUUGAUAAAGAGAACAUUGCUGAUUCCAAUCUAAAGGCAAUACAACCAUACUUGGACAACCCAGAAUUUCAUCCUGAUUUUAUUCGCUCUAAAUCAUUUGCUGCAGCUGGUCUUUGUGCUUGGGCAAUAAAUAUAGUCAGUUUCUACAGAGUUUUCUGUGAUGUUGAACCCAAACGUAUUGCAUUGGCAGAGGCCAAUGCUGAUUUGCAGGCUGCUCAAGAAAGACUUACUGGAAUCAAGGCAAAGAUAAAGGAACUCGAUGAGAACUUGGCAUGCUUGACUGCCAAGUUUGAAAAAGCUACUGCUGAAAAGCUCAAGUGUCAACAAGAAGCUGAGUCAACAGCAUUGACAAUCUCAUUAGCCAAUCGUCUUGUCAAUGGUUUGGCAUCAGAGAAUGUUCGUUGGGCUGAGUCGGUGAAGCAUUUCAAAGAGGCUGAGAAGACUCUACCAGGAGAUGUUUUGCUGAUCACAGCGUUUGUCUCUUAUGUUGGCUGUUUUGGUCGCCGCUACCGGUUAUCACUGAUGGAAGAGAAGUGGAUACCCCAUAUCAAGUCAAGCACAAUUCCAACUACUGAUGGUUUAGAUCCACUUACUCUACUUGUUGACGAUGCUACUGUUGCUGGUUGGAACAAUCAAGAUUUGCCUAGUGAUCGCAUGUCUACUGAGAAUGCUACCAUCAUGACAAACUGUGAACGCUGGCCAUUGUUGAUUGAUCCACAGUUGCAAGGCAUCAAAUGGGUGAAAAAUCAGGGUGGUAGCGAGCUAAGAGUUGUACGUCUAGGUGCACGAGGAUAUCUAGAUACCAUAGAACGAGCUGUUUCCAAUGGUGAAACUGUAUUGAUUGAAAACAUUGGUGAAUGGGUUGAUCCAGUUUUGGAUCCAAUUCUGGGCCGAAACACUAUCAAGAAGGGUCGCUAUAUUAAAAUGGGAGACAAGGAAGUUGAGUAUAGUUCUAACUUCAGACUCAUUCUACAUACAAAAUUGGCUAAUCCACACUACAAACCUGAGAUGCAGGCACAAACAACUCUUAUAAACUUUACUGUAACAGUUGAUGGUUUGGAGGACCAACUCCUAGCUGAUGUAGUGGCGAAGGAAAGACCAGACUUGGAAGAGACAAAGGACAGAUUGACAAGACAACAGAACCAAUUCAAAAUUGAGUUGAAAAAAUUGGAAGAUGACUUACUUGCUCGCCUGUCUGCUGCAGGAGGUAAUUUCCUUGGUGAUACAACUCUGGUUGAGAACCUUGAAACUACAAAGAAAACUGCAGCUGAAAUUGAAAUACAGGUUAAUGAGGCACAGGCGACUGAAGAGAAAAUCAACACAGCUAGAGAAAAUUACAGACCAGCUGCAGCUCGUGCUGCCAUGGUCUACUUUAUUCUUAACGAUCUAAACAUAAUCAAUCCAAUAUAUCAGUUCUCACUGAAAGCAUUCAAGGUUGUAUUUAUGAAGGCCGUUGAACUGGCAGAGAAGUCUGAUGAUGUGAAGCAGAGAGUUGAAACAUUGAUUGAUGCUAUUACUUAUAGUGUGUUUGUUUACACAGCACGUGGCUUGUUUGAACGUGAUAAAAUUAUAUUCACAGCUCAACUUGCUUUCCAGGUCUUGCUAAAGAAGAAGGAUAUCAAUCCUAUUGAGCUGGACUUCCUAUUAAGGUUUCCUGUUGUGCUAAAUGUUGUCAGCCCUGUUGACUUUCUCAACAACACUUCAUGGGGUGGAAUUAAGGCUCUUUCAGCCAUGGAGGAAUUUCGAAACUUGGAUCGUGAUAUUGAAGGGUCAGCUAAACGUUGGAAAAAGUUUGUUGAAAGUGAGGGCCCCGAGAAGGAGAAGUUCCCACAAGAAUGGAAGAACAAGAGCCCUUUGCAAAAGCUUUGCAUGAUGCGUGCCUUACGUCCUGACAGGAUGGUUUAUGCAGUAAAGAUUUUUGUGGAUGAGAAGCUGGGAUCUAAGUAUGUAGAAUCAAAACCGGUUGAAUUUGCAAAGUCUUAUGAAGAGAGUGGGCCUGGAACACCCAUUUUCUUUGUACUUUCUCCUGGUGUUGAUCCUCUGAAGGAUGUAGAGGCUCUUGGUUUGAAACUGGGAUUUACAAUUGACAAUGGAAAUCUAAAGAACAUAUCACUGGGACAGGGUCAGGAAGUGGUUGCUGAGAAUGCAUUGGAUGUAGCAGCCAAGGAGGGUCAUUGGGUUAUCUUGCAAAAUAUUCAUCUUGUUGCAAAGUGGUUGGCAACUCUGGAUAAGAAACUGGAAUCAUAUAGUGUAGGAAGCCAUGAGGCAUAUCGUGUCUACAUCUCUGCAGAACCUGCGGCAACCCGAGAUGCACACAUCAUUCCCCAAGGAAUUCUUCAAGCGUCAAUUAAAAUCACAAAUGAGCCUCCGACUGGAAUGAAAGCCAAUGUGGUGAAGGCACUAAACUGCUUCAAUCAGGAUACACUAGAGAUGUGUGCAAGAGAAACAGAAUUCAAGAGCAUUCUAUUCUCUCUGUGCUACUUUCACGCUGUAGUGUCAGAGAGGCGAAAGUUUGGUGCUCAAGGCUGGAAUAGACCAUAUCCUUUUAAUGUUGGUGAUCUAACUAUCAGUGCUAAUGUACUGUACAACUACUUGGAAGCUAAUCCCAAGGUUCCAUGGGAUGAUCUGCGGUACUUGUUUGGUGAAAUUAUGUAUGGUGGCCACAUCACAGAUGACUGGGAUCGUCGACUGUGUAAGACUUAUUUGGGAGAGUAUGUUCGACCUGAAGUGUUGGAGGGAGAUGCAAAUUUGGCUCCUGGAUUCCCGCCACCUCCUAGCUCUGACUUUGUUGGGUAUGUGCGAUAUGUAGAAGAUGUUCUUCCUCAAGAGAGCCCGUACCUGUAUGGGCUCCACCCUAACGCUGAGAUUGAUUUUCUGACAACUACAUCAGAGAACCUGUUUAGAACAGUUCUAGAGAUGCAACCACGUGAUUCUAGUGGGGAAGGCGCUGGUGGAGCUACACGUGAAGAGGUAGUGAAGCAAAUAUUGGAUGAGACUUUGGAGAAGUUGCCUGAAGAGUUCAAUGUGCCUGAGCUAAUGGCCCGUGCUGAGGAUAAGACUCCAUAUGUUGUUGUGGCAUUCCAAGAAUGUGAACGAAUGAAUACUCUCACAAGAGAGAUACGUCGAUCAUUAAAAGAGUUAGACUUGGGCUUGAAAGGUGAAUUGACCAUCACAUCAGACAUGGAGAAUUUACAAAAUUCACUCUACCUUGAUUCUGUCCCAGAGACAUGGGCAAAGCGAGCUUACCCUUCACUCUAUAACCUCAGUAUAUGGUACAGAGACUUGCUGAACAGAAUAAAGGAGUUAGAAAGCUGGGUUGCUGAUUUCCAAAUGCCAACUGCUGUGUGGCUUGGUGGACUGUUCAAUCCCCAAUCAUUCCUCACUGCUAUCAUGCAGUCUAUGGCAAGAAAGAAUGAGUGGCCACUUGACAAGAUGUGCCUUCAGUGUGAUGUGAGUAAGAAGCAAAAGGAAGAUUUCACCAGUGCCCCUCGAGAAGGGGCCUAUGUGCAUAGCUUGUACAUGGAAGGAGCCCGAUGGGACACCCAGACAGGCAUGAUACAGGAUUCAAAGCUCAAAGACCUCACACCGGCUGUACCAGUCAUAUUUGUUCGCGCUAUACCAGUUGAUAAGCAAGAAACAAAGAAUGUGUAUGAGUGUCCAGUUUACAAGACUAAGCAACGUGGCCCGACGUUUGUGUGGACAUUCAACUUGAAGACCAAGGAAAAACCAGCCAAAUGGGUCAUUGCUGGAGUUGCUCUUUUGCUCAGUGCUUGAAUUGUUGCAUACUCAUAACUUUACAAUAGCACUUAGCAUGUGUUUGUUUACAUGUCAUGUACCUUCAUCUAAACUAUAAAAACCCACAUUUGUAAUUGAACUAGUGUCUUUUCAUAUGUAAUCUACGUAGUCUUGCUAUUGAUGGACAUUAAGAAUCUAUCUACAACAUAACUGGUGACAUGUCA